AUGGGCGAGGCGGCAGAGGCCGCAAACCUUGACCUAUCAUCUGUCAAGCCUGAGGAUGUAAUAAAGGAGCGCACGGGGGACGUUCUCUUGAAGAACACCCUCUUGAAAGCCGACCACUUCCCAGGGUGCCAGAACACCAAGCUGACACCCCUCCUGGAUGGAGCCCCAAACUUUCGCCAGGUGGAGGGCCUACCUGUGUACGGCGUUGCCAUCCCCACGGUCAGGGGCGUGCGCAACGUGCUGGACGCAGUUGGCAGCGCCAAGGGCGGGCGUCGCGUGCUGUGGCACAACCUGCGGGAGGAGCCCGUGCUGUACAUCAACGGCAAGCCCUACGUCGUGCGGGAGGCGGACCAGCCGUUCUGCAACCUCGAGUACACAGGCAUCGACCGCAGCAGGGUUGAGGACAUGGAGGCGCGCCUGAAGGUGGACGUGCUGACGGAGGCGGCGCUGUUUGAUAAUCACAUCCUGGUGACUGAGGAGGAUGACGACAUGCAGGUGGUGGACCAGUGGGAGCCCGUGACUGAGGCGGACGUGCAGACGCCGCUGGAGGUGUACCGCGAGCUCAAGGCCGACGGGUAUGAUGUGGAGUACACCCGCCUGCCGAUUACGGAUGAGAAAGCACCCAAGGACUCCGACUUUGAGGUCUUUGUGCGGCGCCUGUGGAACGUGCCGCCCUCCACGGCGCUCAUCUUCAACUGCCAGAUGGGCCGCGGCCGCACCACCACGGGCAUGAUCAUCGGCUGCCUCGUGCUGCUGCGCCGCAUGGGCGCCUUCCCUGCGCCCCGCGGCCCCAGCGAGGCUGGCGGUGCCCCGGCCCCCAACGCCACCAACGGCGCCGCCGCGGCCCCGCUCGCGCCGACGGCCGGCGCGCUGCCGCCCGUGCCGGCCUGGUUCGCCGAGGCCGCAGAGGCGGCGCCCGCGCCGCCUGGCGGCGACCGGCUGCGCGCUGGGCUGUGGGGCGUCGUGCGGAGCCUGCUGCGCGUGCUGGAGUCGGGCAACAUGGGCAAGGCGGUCCUGGAUUCCGUCGUGGACGCGGCGUCUGCGAUGCAGAACCUGCGGGAGGCGAUCGCGCAGUACCGGGGGCGCGUGCUGGCGGAGACCAAGGAGAGGCGCAGGGCCACGCUCGUGGCCGUCUGCUUGGAGUACCUGGAGAGGUACUACAUGCUGAUCUGCUUUUCCUCGUACCUUUGCUGGUCAAAAUUUGACCCCGACAGCGAGCACCACACGCCCUACCCCGAUUGGGUGGCGUCGCGCCCCGAGCUGCGCAGCGUGCUGUCUCACAUGCUGCGCCGCAACCCCAUGGCGGCGCUGGAGAUGCACGUGCCGGCCGCCACGCUGCCGCCGGGCACGCAGCAGCGGGCGCUGGACGACGACGAGGCGAACGCCAGCCUCAUACGCGCGGCCGAGGAUCAGGCAGAGACCAUCAUAUCUUCGCGCGGCGGCCGCGUGCUGGGGGCCCUGACCAUCCUCAAGGAGGACUACUUCCCAGGCAUGAAGUCACACCGCCUCCCACAGCCGCUGCCGGGCGCCAGCAACUUCCGCUGCAUGAGCGGGGCGCGCGUGUACGGCGUGGCCAUGUCGACGACGGCCGGCAUCCGCAACGUGCUGGCGGCAGUCAGGGAGCAGGCCAAGCGCGAGGACGAGGAGCUGCUGUGGUUCAACAUGAGGGAGGAGCCCGUGGUCUACAUCAACGGCCGCCCCUUCGUGCUGCGGGAGCAGGUGUGCCCCCUGAAGAACCUGCAGGAGUACGCGGGGAUCGACGCCACGCGCCUGGAGCGCAUGGAGCGGCGCCUCAAGGAGGACGUGCUGGGGGAGGCAGCCCACUAUGGCGGCCGCAUCCUGGUGGCGCGCGAGUCCGCCAUCAGCGGCGGCGGCAUCGGCGAGCUCAUAGACACCUGGGAGCCCGUGGCCAGCCCCGGGGACGUGCAGACGCCGGCCGAGGUGUACCGCGCGCUCAGGGCCGAGGGGCACCGCGUCAACUACUGCAGGUAA